GCUCUGACCGCGUGCUGACAGCAGACCACGUGUGCGAAGCCAUCGAACCAGCAGAUCUCCCCAACUUCUCAUGCUCGUGUCGUUGCCCGUGCGGGUACCAAGAUGCAUAUCCACUGGCAAAUCCUCAUCCUGAUCAUUCCACUCCACCUGAUUCAGCUGCCACUUUUGCUGGGGAGGACUGUGACAAUAAGAUAUGUGACCCAAGACGACCGAAUAGUAAUCAGAGAGCAAGGAGCUGCUCUCACGUGCCGACGUUUGAAGUGGGAGUGGCUGCUGGUGUGGCUGGGGAGGUUCCACCAGCAACAGUGCGACACAUUGCAGAAAUUUCACGCCACACAGUUGCAGAUCUACAGUCGAUGGUGCGUGACAUUGACCCUGUGACAGGGGCUGUUGAAUUGCUGCAUCUUGAGAAGACCUCUUUUAUGGCUCUCCUUCCACGGAUAUCAUAUCUUAAGGUUGCCAGUCACGAAGCUGCCUUCCUGGAUAUCAAGAAGUGUGCUCGGCUGCUUGGCUCAGCCCAAGCUAGGAGUGUCGUGGAGCAAUGCCAUGAUGCUAAGCGUUUGAUCGGCCGUCGGUUCUCCGAUGCUCCCGUUCAGAGCGACAUCAAGCUGUGGCCGUUCAAGGUCACCUCAGGACCCGGCGAGAAGCCCAUGAUUGAGGUCCAGUACAAGGGCGAGACCAAGUCCUUCGCUGCGGAGGAGAUUUCUUCCAUGGUGCUCAUCAAGAUGAAGGAGAUCGCCGAGGCGUACCUCGGAAGCACCAUCAAGAACGCCGUCGUCACCGUCCCUGCGUACUUCAACGACUCUCAACGACAAGCCACGAAGGAUGCUGGCGUCAUCGCCGGCCUGAACGUCCUCCGUAUCAUCAACGAGCCCACCGCCGCUGCCAUCGCGUACGGUCUCGACAAGAAGGCCACCAGCACCGGCGAGAAGAACGUUCUUAUCUUCGAUCUCGGGGGAGGAACCUUCGAUGUGUCCCUGCUGACAAUCGAGGAGGGUAUCUUCGAGGUGAAGUCCACUGCCGGUGACACUCACUUAGGCGGUGAGGACUUCGACAACCGUCUGGUGAACCAUUUCGUCCAGGAGUUCAAGAGGAAGUACAAGAAGGACAUCACCAACAACCCUAGGGCUCUCCGUCGUCUCCGUACCGCCUGCGAGCGCGCUAAGAGAACUCUCUCGUCCACGGCUCAGACCACCAUUGAGAUCGACUCGCUGUACGAGGGUAUCGACUUCUACUCCACCAUCACCCGUGCCAGAUUCGAGGAGCUCAACAUGGACAUGUUCCGCAAGUGCAUGGAGCCAGUUGAGAAGUGCCUCAAGGACGCGAAGAUGGACAAGGGUGCCAUUCACGACGUGGUGCUGGUCGGCGGGUCCACGCGUAUCCCCAAGGUGCAGCAGCUCCUGCAGGACUUCUUCAACGGCAAGGAGCUCUGCAAGAGCAUCAACCCCGACGAGGCCGUCGCCUACGGUGCUGCCGUGCAGGCGGCUAUUCUCAGCGGCGAGGGCAACGAGAAGGUCCAGGACCUGCUGCUGCUCGAUGUUACUCCCCUGUCCCUGGGUCUGGAGACUGCUGGUGGUGUCAUGACCGUUAUCAUUCCCAGGAAUACCACGAUCCCCACGAAGAAGGAGCAGGUGUUCUCUACCUUCUCCGACAACCAGCCUGGUGUGCUGAUCCAGGUGUUCGAGGGUGAGCGCGCCAAGACCCGCGAUAACCAUCUGCUCGGCAAGUUCGAGCUGUCCGGCAUCCCCCCUGCUCCUCGCGGUGUUCCCCAGAUUACCGUCUGCUUCGACAUUGACGCUAAUGGUAUCCUGAACGUCAGCGCCGAGGACAAGACCACCGGCCAGAAGAACAAGAUCACGAUCACCAACGACAAGGGUCGCCUCAGCAAGGACGAGAUUGAGAAGAUGGUUCAGGACGCGGAGAGGUACAAGGAGGACGACGAGCAGCACAAGAAAAAGGUUGAGGCGAAGAACUCCCUGGAGAACUACGCCUACAACAUGCGCAACACCAUCAAGGAUGACAAGAUCGCGAGCAAGCUUGACUCUGACGACAGGAAGAAGAUUGAGGACGCAGUGCAGUCAACCAUUGACUGGCUCGACCAGAACCAGCUUGCGGAGGUUGAUGAGUUCGAAGACAAGAUGAAGGAGCUGGAGGGCAUCUGCAACCCCAUCAUCGCCAGGAUGUACCAGGGUGCGGGAGGUGCUCCUCCUGAGGCUGACAUGGAUGGCGCUGGUGCCGGAUUUGGUGGCGGCGCUUCCGGUGGUAGUGGCUCGGCUGGGCCCAAGAUCGAGGAGGUCGACUAA